GACUGCCGACUACAUUUUGUGUUUUAGGUUAAAAUGGGGUCCCGAAGAGACGCCUCGGCACUCGAGCAUUGUGUCACAGAGAUUAAAACCAAAAAGAGGAAACUAUGUGACACAAGUUAUGAGAAGAAUUAUAUAGCCGUAUGUCAGGGUAUAGACGAUGUUCUACAAGACAGACAACAUGUUAAAGAAAUUAAAACUAAAUUAAAAGAUAUUAAAAAAACUCGAGGACAUACAAAGGAUUAUGAACUAGCUGAGAGUGAUUAUAAUUUAGUUGAAGAUUUGACAUGGCAGAAGAAGAGAUGUUUAGAAACUAUUUUAUAUAUUACGGAAAUUGAAAAUCUCUUUCAGAAUGUUCAGAAUCAAUUUGAAGAGCGAUCUUUAUAUCUGACCGAGAGAAAACCUGUAUUUGAAAGUGUUUAUAGAGAUGAAGAAGUGGAAUCUUCGUCGAGAAUGGCCAGGGAUUGUGCGUAUGAUAUCAAGAAAGGAUGGAUGUGGAUAUCAGACCUGACACAAUGUUUAAAUACUCACGUUAAAAACGCUGCUGAAUUUAAUCAGUAUCAUCAUGAUAUACGCCAUCUAGACGAAGAUAUGGAGACAUACAUACUCUGGUUAAACUCAGAAACCAUCAGAAAACCUGUCAUUACCAAAGAUCCUGAAGUUAUGAUCAACCAUUUUCGUUUCAUGACGACCCGAUUGUUGGACUAUCAAGGAAGAGUAGACAGAUUACGAGAAACUGCCCAAAAAAUAUAUCCGAUAUAUUUUCGUAAAGAAUUACCAUCCUAUCCAGUUAAAGCCAGAUCAUUGGUUGAUUACAAACAUCAGGAGAUUAGUCUAGAGAGAAAUGAAGCUUGUACAGUUUUAGAUAUUUCUGAUGCGGAAAAGUGGAAAGUGAAGACUGAGUCUGGUAAAGAAGGAGAUGUACCGGCCAUAAUUUUAACAAUACCACCUCCUGAUCCUAAAUCCUUUCUACAAGCGGAGAAAUUACGGGAACAGUUAGUUGUACACUGGGAUACAAGUUUAAAACGUCUUAGAUUACAACUGAUGCACUUUAUGACAAUUAUAUCAAAAGAAACACAAUCAAGGGAGUUCCAAGGUUUAUCAGCCAAUCAAAAAGCUGUCUUUUUAAAAUUGACCAAUGAUUCUAUACAAGUUUUACGUGUAAAAGGAGAAGAUGUUGAUUAUAAUACGUUUAAAUCCCAGAUGACGUCGAUACGUAAAAUACUGACACAGGUUAAACCAGGAAUAAAGAUUUUGAAAAAUGGUAAUGUACAAAAAUGGCAGGGAACAGGACAUGUCUUCCGACAAUAUACUGAUCUGUUAGCCUAUAUUAAAUCAUAUAAAGGUGAUUUAGCCAGGAAAAUAGAAGAAGAAAACUUAGUAGUUCGAGAUCUCCAGACUCCAUCUACCUUUACUUCCAAAGCCUAUUUUGAACGUGCCCUACCAAUGGUAGAUAUAGAUGCCUCUUCCAAAGAAACCAAAAUAACUCGUGUUCGAUCCAGUCUCUACAUUCACGAACGCCAUAAACCAAAAAAACCUGUAGCUCCACCUAGACGAAAACGCCAAGUCAAACAAGGGGUAAGAACUGACGACCUGUUCUCAGAAACAACUGAAUAUUCCGAAGAAAGCAAAACAUUUGUCAUCGUUGGCGUUAUUGAUCCUAGGAAUAAAGAGAAGCUAUCUGUGUUCCAGGCCCUGUCCAACAGGGUUUUAGAUCAAGCCAAUGGUACGUACAAUAAUCCCGACACAGACUACUCCAUUACCAUCCCAGAAGCCAUCAAUAAAGGUUACAUUCUGAUUGAAUUCCGUGAUCCGAUGAUGAACGGAGUUUCUGAAGAUAGUUUCUCCUUACAGAACCAGAUGGACUAUAGAAUCUUUGGUAUAUCGGGUGUCAUCGACCCACGAACAGGGGAGUUGAUCAGCGUGAAAGAAGCCAUCGCAACGGGUCUGAUUGACCUAAAACGUGGAAUCUUUAGAAAUCCAAUCACUGGAGAGGAGAUGUCUCUAUUGGAUGCCAUCAAAGCUGGAUAUCUGAUCGCUGAUCCGUCGUAUUUCACUGAUCCAGACGAGAAGGGCACCUUCACGUCGGUUGAAAUGAUGGAUCUGAAAUACGUCAUAUCAUCUGUCACAGAUCCAAAUAGUGGGGAGGAACUCUCGUUAAAACGUGCUAUCCAAGAUGGAAUCAUUGAUCAGGUUAACGGACUUUAUCGUAACCCACUGACGGGAGAAAGCAUGACAAUAGCAGAAGCCUUUAAACUGGGCCUCAUUAAAGGGAGAUUAUUCGACCCCAGUAAAGAUAAAGAGGAUGAGAACACAAUAUCUAUACAACAACUUCAGAUCCGUAAACAGAGAUUCAUUCCUUCUGGUGUUGACGUGUCCAUAUCGAAUGGUUGUGAUUCUGUGGACGGGAUGUUGAAACAGAAAGAUCCUAACGAGCUUCUGUUUUAUAAGAUCAAAGAGCAGGUUGAUUCCAAGAUCAAGUGCAUCAAAGAUCCGUUGACUAAAGAAGAAAUCAGCAUAGAAGAUGCCUUUGAAAGAGGAAUCAUCAAUUUUGCUAAAGCUGAGUUUGAUACACUGGAUGGAGAAAUUCUACCAAUUGAAGAAGCUACUGCUCGUGGUUUGAUUGAGCCAUCUGUUCUACAGAAGAUCUUAAAGACGUAUCAAGAAGCAAGCGUUGGUCAGUUGAUAGAUAGCGGGAAGUUUGAUCCUGAAACCGGAUUGGUUGUUGACACUGCGACAGGCCACACCCUUUCCCUACAAGCUGCCGUUUCCCAGAACAUCAUCGACCCUGAUACAACCUUUUUUUAUGAUGUUCCCUCUCAAAGAAUCAUGAGUCUUAGUACUGCCAUAGAAUCUGGGCGUUGUAAUUUAGUGUCGGGUAAAAUCGUGAAGUCAGCCACAGGAGAAGAGUUAUCUGUCAGUGAAGCCAUCAACACAAGUCAGAUCCUCGCCCACAUCAACCCUCAGUCGGUAGCGGAACACGCAGAGACGCUCUCUGUUCUACGUAAAGUCAUGGAUACCAAAAUAAAAGGCAUCAAGAUUCCUUCGUCUAAAGAAAUACUCAACAUCGAAGAAGCCGUGUCUGCUGGGUUGUUGAACAUCCCUCUUGUAGCUUAUGCAGAUGAGACACAAACCGAAAUCAACACGCUACAAACCGCCAUUAAAAACGAGAAGAUUGAACCUGAAUGUGGGAUGGCUCUCUUCAUGGCAUUUCAACGUCUCUCUCUACAAGAUGCCAUCCAAUCAAAAACACUAGAUUCCAAAAAAGGAAAAUAUAUCGAUCCCAAAACAGGAGAAGCCAUUGCCAUCGAUAAAGCCCAAGAAAAAGGUUUGUGGAAUCCUAAUUACGUUUAUUUCGUGGAUAACGAAGCUCGAGGUGUGACCAGUCUCGGUGCAUUCAUGGACCGUGGCAAGUUUGACCCUUCUUCUGGAAAGGUCAUCAGUGAUAAAACUGGAAAAUCCAUGACCAUAGAACAAGCCAUAGCAGACGGCCUUAUUAAUCCAGUCGUUGAUCCCGUGAAAUUUGUGGAUAUAACUACAACCCUAAAAGAUUUGAUCGAUUCUGGUAAGGUCAAUCCCAGAUCUACUACUUUUGUUGCCCCUAACGAUAUGAAGAUGUCACUGAGGGAUGGAUUAGCCAAUGGUCUGCUGACUAUGAGUUCAAAGGUUAAACUAGAUCCCGAGACAGGAAAUGUUAUUCUGAUGUCAGAAGAAGAUGUUGUCAAAUCUCUUGUUGAUGUGAAAGAAAAUUCAGAUUGGUUGACCGAGGUUGAAAAACUCCUUGGUUGUCAAGGACGACCAAGCGAACGUCUUGGAAAAUUGAAAGAACAAACAAAAGGAACUAAGAUGAUUCAAAAGAAUUUAAAAGAAAAAGAACCAGCAUUACGAUCUGCUGUGAAACAAUCGGAAGAUUUAGUCGAGAACAACCAGGAUAAAAAACUGACAGACGGAGGUCAACAAUAUAAAAAACUUAAAUAUAAUACAUCUGAUCUUAAAGUUCGACUUGAUUCUGCUUCAAGUGAAGUAAUAAAUCGUGUGGAGAAAAUGGAUUCGAUGUGCGAUAAUCUGGAGGAAUUUUACGGCCAGAUGGAGAAAUUAGAUCACUGGUUGGAUACUGCCAUCGAGACCACGCAAGAUUUACAGUCUAGUAAUACAAAUAUAGAGGAUCAGUUCCAUGCUUUUAAGGAUUUCUAUGAAGAAGUUAAAAGUAAGGAAGAAGAUAUUCAACACACAUCAAAACUGGCUGAUAAUUUCACGGACCAUGCUCAGUGUUUUGAACGAGAGUUAGAAACAUAUCGUAAAUCACUGCCCUUCAUGCCAACCAUUGACGAGGAGACGGAAGCUGGUAUCCUUGACGACGAGAUUGAAUCAAUGGAAGCUAAAUACAAGGAUGUUUCCCGUGAAUGUAGCAAACACAUGGAUAGAUUGUCAUCCAUCGUGAAAAAUAAACGUACCUUUGAUGAUGUGAACGAAAGAUUGACGUCACAAUAUCCACAACUCACUGAUCAGCUUAAGAGCAUCAAUGACAAAGGCUUUGGAAAAAAUCCUGCAAAAGAUUCCAAAGAUUUGAAGGACUUGAAACAACUAAAAGCUGAUGUGAUUGGUCAGGAGAGAAAGUUGAAGGAUUUAAUGGCCACCGGAGAGAGAUUGACAAAUGGUCUUGUUGAAGCUGGUUUGAAGAAAGAAGCAGCAAAUAUUAGAAAUAUGAUAGAUGAUCAUAAGAACAAACACACAGAUUUACUGAAUGGUAUCACAAGCAAAGAGGAAAAACUAGACGCAGCCGUUGCCGAGCAACAGAAUGUGAUGGGUCGUCUGGAUGGUAUUUUAGAUGUUGUGGAAAACGCAGAAAAAAUACUGAAGUCUAAACAACGAGCUAGUUUGAACAAAGAAAUAUUAUCUCAACAGAUUCAGGAACAGCGACUCCUUAAUGCUGAUAUAAAUAGUAACAAAGCUCUCGUUGACCGUCUGUCACGAGAGUCACAUGACAUGACAGGAGCAGAAGACAAGCUGACAGAUAUCGGCGAGAGACUGGAUGUCCUGGAACGUCUUGCGGAAGAUCGAACUCAAGAACUGGAAGAUAUUUCUUCAGGAAUCAACGAUUUCGAUCAUAAAAUUUCAGAAGUUGAUUCGUGGUUGAAUGAGUCGAUACAAACGCUGAAAACGAAGCCAAAGGGAGGAAACAAUAUUUCCAAGGCAAAGAUUGAGGCUCUGUAUGAGGGGAAGAAAGCAAAGGAGGGAACUAUUGAUGGUUUACGUAAAGCUUGUGAUAAUCUCAUGAACGACGAUCGUGUUUGUGAUCAUUAUGCGGUGAAGGAAACACUGGGAGAUGUUGAAAGCAAGUGGAAUGAUCUUACAGAAUUUUUAGUUCAGCAAGUUUCACUGGAGUCGUUGUCUAAGAUCGAUGGUAUGUUGAAAUAUUUGGAUAAAGCUGAGAAUGAAAUCAAUACGGCUGAACCAAUCAGUGUGGAUCCAGAGACUCUGGAAGUUCAACUUCGUGAUCAUACAGCAUUUGACGAUGAUUUGAUCCUGAAGAAGAAUUCGGUGAAGGGUAUAAUCAACAAGUGUAAUAAGAUGUUACAAGAGACGACCAACUCACAGACGGAUGAGAUCAAGAGUCGUUUAGACAGUAUACAGACGCAGGCAGACAUCGUUUGUCAACUCAGCUCUGAACGAUUAAAUCAAUUACAAUCAGCUUUGCCAUUGGCUGGACAUUACAGUGAUACCCAAGCAGAAGUAACGGCCUGGUUAGAUGAAAUGGAAGCCGAAUUAAAGGCCCAGGGUAAACCUGGUGAAAGUCUCGAACAAAUCAGAAAACAAUAUGAUCAUCUCAAGGGAACACAGCAGAUCAUCCAGGAUCACAAACCGUUUAUUGAUGACUUGAACUCGACAGGAUUGGAACUCAUGGAUCUGUGUGGUGAUGAAGAUGGUAACGAUAUUCAAACUAAACUUAUAGACAGCAAUCAGAAGUAUGAAGCACUAAAAAAUCAGGCGAGACAUAAAGCCAGGCAGCUGACAGAUGCCAAGAAAAAAUUCACUCAGGAGGUAUCUGAUUCAUUGGAUCAACUUGUAGAAGAACUGGCCCAGUUGAAUGCUGCUGUUAUUAACUCUGAUCCUAUCCCAGCAGCCCCAGACAAAUUACGAAAUGAAAUUGAUGAAAUGAAGGCUGUUAUAGAGGAUUUAGAGAGACAGAAACCUGAUAUAGAGAAGGCUAGAGAAAUCAGUAAAAACGUACAAGCACAUGGUAUAGAAGAUCCUGUUGAAGCUGAAGAUGUUCAGAGUAAGGUGGUUGAAAUCAACAAACUUUACAGUCAAGUUCAGUAUGGUGCCAAAGGAAGAGAACAACAACUGGGAAGUGCUCUGGCUUACUCAGAAAAAUUAUUUGAUAUAUCGUCAGAUGUUAUGGCGAGUCUGCGUGAUUUAAAGGAUAAUAUGUAUUCACAAGAACCAGCUGGUGUUGACCCAUCAACAGUUAAAGAACAACAGAGUGAAUUAGAGGGUUUAAUGAAUGAGUUAGAUAAAGCGAGAGAACUGAUGUUAGAUUGUCGACGUAUCGGGGAUGAUCUCUGUGACAUCUGCGGAGAACCAGGAAAAAUUGAAAUAAAGAAACAGAUUGAAGAUUUGGUGAAUUUAGCCGAUGAUGUGGCAGAUCUUGUUAAAGACCGAAGAGAAGAAUUAAAGAAAGCCUUGGAACAUUCUGAGAAAUAUGAAGAUCUGCUCGAGUCGAUUAACUCCUGGUUACCUCUAUCGGAACAUAAACUGGCUGGUAUGCGACCUCCAUCCAGUGACCCAGAUGCCCUGAAAGAUCAGAUCGAUGAAGUCAAGUUAUUUAAAUCAAAUGUUCAUCCUCGCCUCACGGACCUCCAGCUGUUAAACCAACAGGUGGCAGCACUUAAAGACAUGUCACCUGUAGCCUCAGAGGCCUUGGCGAAACCUGCUGAAAUCGUCAACGAAAAAUGGAAUGAUUUAAUCCAUGGAAUAGCUGACAGAGAAGGUUUAUUAAAUGAUAUGCAAGUACAAGUGGGUAAAUUAGAACACGCUAUUGAUGACGUUGUGGGUGCCUUGAAUCAUGUUCAGAAAGAUCUCGACAAAUUUGAGAAUUUGAACGGAGAUCCUAAAUGUUUAGAAACUCAGAUCAGAAAACUUCAGCUUCAACAAGGUGAUAUAAACAAUCAGGACAAAACAGGACGUAAAAUAAAUAAAGCUGUCGACGAUCUUCUGGCUAAUUCUAACGAGGAUGAUUCAGCUCUUAAAAAGAAACGAAACCAGAUGAAUGAGAAGAUUAGAGUGGUACAAGCUAACGCUCGCGAUAAGGAAAAUAAACUACAGGAAAACCUGCGACAGGUAAAGGGAUAUCUAGGUGAUGUCGAUGAUCUACUACAAUGGGUGAAUGAGUUCCGUAUGGAGUUAAAAUUAAAUCAUCCAUUUGGUGCUCUACCAGAUACUUCAGAUAUUCAGUAUGAACAAUUCUUGAAACAAUGUGAGGAGAUGGAUGGACGUGAGAAACAGGUACAAAGUUUAUUACAAACUGGUCAGGAGAUUAUAGAUUCUAGUAAACCUGAUGAUACAACACAGAUCUCAGAGAAAAUGAAAAAACUUCGUGAUCGUUGGAAUGAAACACGAGAAAGGGCUAGAAAACGAAAGGAAAAAAUGGAAGAGCAUUCAAAGAAUGUAACAGAAUUCCAUGAUACACUGAAGGCCUUUACUGAUUGGUUGAAUAAUGCAGAGGUUAUGAUGCGUGGAAUGAAAUAUCCCAGUAAACUGGUUGACGUCAUUACCGGACAAAUUGACAGUCACAGUAAUUUGAAGUCUGAUUUAGAAGCCCAAGCUGAGUUGAUGUCUACAUUAGAUAAAUCAGGAACGUAUCUGAAAUAUUUUGGACGAAAACAGGACACGAUUUAUAUCAAGAAUUUAUUGGUUGGUAUACGCCUACGAUGGAAGAAAUUAUUACGUCGUGCUGAUGAACGUGGAAGAUUGUUACAGCAGGCCUUUAAAGAAGAUAAGCGAUUCUAUGAUGCCUGGAAGGAGCUGUGUGAUUGGUUGGAUACUAGCGCCACCAAGUUGAGUAGAUUUAUGUCUGGAGGUAAAGCAGAUAAAGUGAUGAAACAGGAAAUGGAUGAACUCAAGAAAUUUGAGCACCAGAUUUCUGUGAAACAUCCAACAUUUUAUUCUACAACUCGUCUGGGCAGAAAUUUAAAAGAUCGUUGUACGAAGAACGAUCCAGAACGUGAGAUCCUUCAGGAUAUGUUAGAUCAAUUGAAGAAUAAGUGGAAUUCCGUUCGAUCAGUUGUCUCAAAAAGUCAGAACAAACUGGAUGAAGCCUUGUUAACGUCAGGCCGUGUGUCCGACGCUCUCCAAUCAUUAAUAGAAUGGCUACACAAGGCCGAAGCUACACUAGAGGAAGAUGUACCUGUUCUAGGAGAUCUCGAUACAGUUCAUAUGUUAAAUGAACAACAUAAGGGUAUACAACAAGAACUUCUAGUUCGUGAACCAACUGUUGAAACAAUGAGAACAUCUGGUAACGUUCCAAAAUCACAGCAAGAAGAACUGAGCAAUCUGUGGGAACGAGUCAACUAUCUGUCGGAUGUACGGGAUAAUAAACUUAAAGAUGCCAUGAGAUUGGCUGAGGAAUUCCAGGAUGUUGUCACAGUAAUGAGAGAAUUCUUGCCACAAGCUGAAUCUGAGUUAAAAUUCCGAGCUUUCCCAGAAGAUGAGGUUGCCAUUAUACAACUAAUAGAACGGCACGAGAAAUUCCAAGAAGACCUGAGAAAUCAUCAAGACACUGUUGACAGAAUAAAAACCCUCGCUGAAGAUAUUUUACAGGGUUGUCAUCCUAACGCUGUUCGUUUCGUCAAAUACUACCUCACUAUUACACAAACAAGAUGGGAUCAGUUGAUACAGCGAGCCAAGAGUCGAGCGGACAGAUUACAGGAAGCGUUACGUAAUAUCCAGGGUAACGCAGCGUUAUUAGAAGAACUGUUGUCAUGGUUAACAGAUGCCCAGUCAUUACUUGCUACCAAAGAACGUGAUCCGAUACCAGAGGAUCUAAAAGUGGUUGAAACCCUUCUUAAAGAACAUUUGGAAUUCCAUGAUGAAGUGACAACUAGAAAUGCUGAUGCUGAAAGAUUAACAAAGUUGGUUACAUUGGAAGCAAAAAUGUCACCUGGUAAAAACUUUGGCAGUAAUAUGAGAUUAAAUGAAGUGGAUGCUUAUAAUCCAAGAGUAACAGCGUUACAGAAUAGAUGGAGAAUAGUGUGGAGAAUGUCCGUCGAUAGGAAGAAAAAAUUACAAGAUGCGUAUGAUACUUUAUUAGAGUUGGAGAGUUUUAAAAACUUUGAUUUUGAUGUUUGGAGAUUGAGAUACAAAAAAUGGAUUCAAGCCAAGAAAUUUCGAAUAUCUGAUUUUUUCCGUCGCCAGGAUAAAGACUGUGAUGGUGCUUUAAGUCGAGAUGAAUUUGUUUCAGGAAUGAUGCAAUCUAAAUUCCCGACAAAUAAAACGGAAUUAAAUGCAGUGUUUGAUAUAUUUGAGAAAACUGUUUUACGGAAACCGAGAAUGGUUUAUAAAGAAUUUAUUGAUGCAUUGAAGUCUGACAAGAGAGGUAGAAAAUCAAGUGUAACAACCAAUAAAUCUGAUGCUGAGUUAAUCCAUGAUGAAAUAGAACGAGAUGUGUCUGGAUGUCAGUGUAGAAAUCAGUUUAAGGCUGUGUAUUUAGACGAGGGAAAAUAUAGGUUUGGAGAGAAACAGAGAACAUAUUUAGUGCGAUUUUUGAACAGCACAGUUAUGGUGCGUGUAGGGGGAGGGUGGAUAACUCUUGAAGAAUUCCUAGAAACUAACGAUCCCUGUAGAGCUAGAGGGCGCUUAAAUGUUGACCUGCGGGAUACGCUACUUCCAGACGGAACAAUUGAUUAUAGAUCUAGUCGCAGAGGUAGUGGAACACCGCUACGCAGCACAUCGCCAUUUCCUACUGGAGCCAGCAGAAAACGACAGACUGACACCGGAUAUGCAUCAUCGAACUCUUCAGCUGGUAGUUCUGCUGAUACCACUUUACGCAGAAGUCGUAUCACAUCUUCUAUGGUUAAUUUAUCUAACGCUAACGGUUUGCACAAAAACCCUGAUUUUGGUUCUACAGGGAGUUUAAAUCGAUCCAAGCGACUCAGUACGUCCUCAACUAGUUUACAUUCUAACGGUAACGCUCGUCCUAAAUCAAAAACACCCACCCCGGGUUCUAGUCCCGCCACUAACCCAACAACUCGUAGAUCAGGUUCCAUGUUCCCCAGAUCUAUGACACCAACGCCUACAUCAUCAUCACCUUACAGUUCCAGGUCACGACCAACAACACCUACAGCAUUUUCACCAAAAACGACCUCAACCCCAUCUCGACCCGGAAGUACAACCCCAACAAGAGGUUUAGCAAAAACUAGACAGUUACCGAAAACUCCUGCUAGUGGACAUAGGUCAAUGAACCGAUAGGUGAACUCCCAGUUCUUUAAAACAAAGAAAAAAACAAAAAAACAAAAAAUACAAAGAAAAAACAAAAAGAGCAUUGUUUCUUGUUUGAUCAUUGUGUUUAUUGUGGUAACCAUGGCAACAGCAACGUCAGAUUCAAGACUUAUUUAAAGCCAAAAAUCAAAUGUUUUUAUAAGAAUGUGUAUGCUACGUUAGUGCAGUAGAGCAGAUAAGAUAAUGUAGAAUAUUUAUACUUGAUCUGAUAAAUCAUCCAUUAUUAUGUGUUCAUAUACUAUGCAACCAAAAUAAUUCCAAUAUGGAGGGGAGGACAUCUGGAAUUUUUUUUGAAUUUUUUUUUUUUUUUUUUUACAAACCAUAUAUUUGAUUGUCUGAUAAUGGUGCUUUCUCUUCAAAUACUGUUCCAUUCCAAACCAACGGUGCUUUUGACAUUUUGACAGAGUUACUCCCCCUUAAUGCAAGAGUUACCUCCCUUUGUGUGUUUUUUGUUUAGAAUAGAAUGAAACAAUCCUGUAAGUGUAAUGUGUAAUAUAUAGAUUACUGGAAAUAUAUAAUUAACUGGCACUAACUAAAAAGGAUCCCUUUCAGUGAUGCAAACUAUUAGGGGCAAUAACUCUGUCGAUAUGGUUCUAUUAUAGAUUUAAGGUACCGGUAUGAAAAUAAAUGAGAAUUGUUUAUUGGGAAUUUACAAUUUAUAGUGCAUGUACAUAUUGUAUUUAGUUCGUUAGAAUUAUUUGAAAUGUUGUGCUGGGUAAAAUAAGAUUUGGUGGGGAGGGGGGUUUCAAGAUUUGCCAGCCUAGAAAGAACCAUAUCACGCCUUACUGUUGAUACUUGAUCAUUUCAAAUCAUGUAGUACAAAUAUUUUUAUUAAUUCUACAAUUUGAAUGAUGUUAUAAGAAAUUUGGAGAGAUGAAAUCAUGUCAUUAAAUUAGACAAUAAAUAUUGCUGUGUUUAGUUAGGGCAACAUCUACAAGUUACUAUUUCUAAAACAAAUAAUCACUGAUUACAAUUCCAGCGGUUCGGAACAUUCAGGGCUAACAAUCGAGCAGUUUAAAAACCCACCUUUAAUACCACUGCCACCCCCAACAGAUAUUAACGAUUAGUAAUAAUAUAUUAGGAAUCAUCGCUCCAGAUCAGGUCGUAGUCUUCCGCCUCUGACAUCCAGGUUCAAUCCCUUGCUCCAGAUCAGUCGGUAUCACAUAUUACAAUAGGCCUAUAUCAUAUUACAAUGGGCCUAUAUCAUAUUAUUAUAGGCUUGAUCAAUAUUUAAAAUAUAUUUUUAUACAUUUUUAUACAAUUAGCAUUCCAUAAAGUUUAUUUUAGCAUUCCAGUAUGUGAAGGAUGACUGGAUUCAGAGAUUGAAGGUCAUUUCAGAUUUUUAUAUAUUAGAUAUCUGAAAGCGUUCACGCACUAGUUUGAAUUUAUGAAAAGUUUUGAAAACAUUUUUAUAUUUAAAAAAAUCCAUGUAUACAGUAUACAGACACUCCAGGGCACAAACAUGGUCUAUAUAAUAAUACUAGUUAGGUUGGUUUGCAAUAUGAAAUUACAUCGAGGAUUUAAAACAAACCCAACAAAUGAGGUUAUAGAUGCUGUUUAGCAUCACCAAGACCCUGUAUUCCCUAAUGUAGGCCUAAUAUUUUAGAGUAGUAGCCUAUAUAUAAAGUUAUAAAAUAAGUUACAUAUUUGAAACAGGGUAUAGGACUAAAGGCUCUCUCAUAAUAAUUAUCAUAUAUAUCAGGUAUGUUGAAAUUUCAGUGUUUCAUCAAAAUAGACUUUCUUGUUAUUUGAGAAAGUCCACCACGGAAACUAGGAUCGUCAUCCUAUAAUUUACACCAAUCAAAAUGAGGUUUUUGUUGUUAUCAAUGAAAUUGAGCCGAUGUUGAUAUUUUUUACAGAUCUAUCGUCCAUUUUGAUGUGACACUGAAGAGUUGGAGAACUUGUUAUCACUUAUCAUAUAAUUAUUUGUUUAUUUAAACAUUCAGUAACCAUGGUAAUCAUUUGUAAUAACCACGUUACGUGUAUAUUGGGGGAAAGGGGAGAUUACUCAUGUAAAAUAUUGUAUAGAGGCCUGUUAUAUAUAUAUAUAUUAUAUAUAUAUAUUAUAUAUAUAUAUACGUUAUAUAAAAUGUUUUAUUCAUUGUA